AUGAUCGCAGAACUCGCCCUUCAGUCCAAAACGUUAGGUCUUCUUCUGGUAGCCUUUGGCUCUGUCCUGGUGAUAGCGAUCGUUUUCUACCACGUUGCCUUUAGCCCCAUGAGGGCCAUACCUGGACCUUGGUACCUCAGACUCACGAGCCUGUUUGUCAAAUACCACGAAUUUCAUGGAACUCGGAGACUGUGGAUACAUGAUCUGCACCUCAAAUAUGGCCCUACGGUUCUUCUCGCUCCUAACGAAGUGUCCUUCGCUAGUGCCUCAGCUUUGAAACAGAUUUACUCUUCUGGCGGCACUGGCUUACCCAAGGAUCACAUGUACUCGCUCUUUAAGGCUCAGGGUCACACCAAUCUUUUCACUGCAUUGGACAACAAAGAGGUAGGGGAGAAGCGAAAGCAACUCUCGGAGCGAUACUCAAACACAAGCAUCCUAAAGUCGCCGAUCCUUGACGUGAUCAAGGAACGUGCCGAAGCUUUUGCCACAGAAUGCCGCAAAACAGCAUCGGCAGACGUCUAUGUAGCUCUCGUUCUCGAACGCUACUGGCCCCUCCUCCAACGAAUCUACAAAUUCCUGAGCCACAAGCCAACAAAAGGGGGAAAGCCGAUUGAUGACUAUGUCUGGUCAUCUAUGAGCAAGACUGAUUACUCCGAGUUUUCCCUCAUGGCUCGGCUGCUACACGACAAGAAGAUGCCGGUGGAUGCCAUUGCAUCUGAGUGCUACGACCACAUCACAGCGGGCAUCGACACAACCGGUGACACGCUCUGCUUCCUGCUCUGGGAGCUCUCUCGGCCGAGCCAGCAAGAGAGAGUGAAGCGACUGCGUGAAGAACUUGUUGUCGGAAAAAGUUCAGGGCAGCCGCUUGAUACCUUGCCUUACCUUAAUGCGAUGUUGCAGGAGGCACUUCGACUAUGGGCUCCCGGAAUGCAGUCACUUCCCCGAAAUGUGCCGGCUGGUGGCCGGGAGAUCGAUGGCCACUUCGUUCCAGCCGGCACAGUUGUGAGCUGUCAGUCGUAUACGACGCAUCGAUAUGACGAUGACGUAUUUCAGGACGCCGACGCCUUUGUCCCUGAGCGAUGGCUCAACCCGGACGGAGAUUCUGAGAGAGGCCGUUUGUUUUUCGCAUUUGGAUCUGGCGCCCGCACUUGCAUUGGCAGGCAUCUGGCCAUGGCAGAAAUGAGAGCCCUUGUCCAUGCAAUUUACUCCAAGAUGCGAACAGUACCCGCUCAGGACAUGGUAGCGUCUAUGGAGUUCAACGACCAAAUAAUGACAACGAGGCCUGAAGGACUUUGCUGCAAGAUAACCUUCGAACCUUUGACAGACUAA